CGCGCCAAGAUGUCCGCCACUUUAAAGAUCGCGCAGAUGUAAACAAGAAACCGGAAGAAAAUGCCGGGUUAUUCUUAAUAUUCUUCACAUCUAUCCAUUUUCCUCUUUUCCUACGCUACUCAGUGACUCGGAAUCCCUAGCAAUGAGUUUCCAGGGCGUGUACUCCCCGUCGGAUGAGGAGAGGUGAAGCAGUGACUCCGGAUAGAUGAGGAAUUGUGAUGCAGCCAAGCCUUGCCCUCCGAACCCAGGCCCUUGGGAGGUGCUGGGGUGGGGCGAGGCGGUCCAUGCUACACCACGUCCCCAGACUGCCGCCACGCCUCGGACUCUCCUCCACACACAGGACUCUGAGGAGGACGCAAAAGAAGGCAGUUUAGACGCAUUUGUUAUGAAGUUUCAGCAGAUUCUCGUUGCACCAAAGGACUGGCGGGCUAAGCAUCCUUCCAAAAAGACCUCUAGGAUGAAGGGGUCCAGGGGGGCGAAGGAUGCUAAGAAUCCUUCACCGCAGAGCCAGAUAUCCUACCAGCCGUUUACCUUUAAGUCUCACAGUGUGCCCCAUAGUUCUGAAGUUUGUUUAAAGGAUGAAUUGGCUAGUUUAGGAAAAGGAGAGAUUGUAAAUGAAGGAAUGGAUGACAGGCUGAGAAUGGAUGGAAUGAAGAGAAGGGGUCUACAGAGAGGAAUGAAUGAUAGGGAGAGAGGGAAGGAUAGAAUAGAAGGAAAGGCUGGAGAGAGAGAAGGAAUGAAUAACAGGAAGAGACUGACAGAGAGAGGAAAGGAAGGACUGGGAGAAAAGAGUGGAGAGAGAGAAGGAAUGAAUGGAGUAAAGAAACAGCAAGAGAGAAAGGAGGAAAUGAGAACAGGAGGAAGAAUAAAUAAAACAAAAACAGAACACAAAAGGAAGGAGAAAAUUAACCAAGAAACAGAUACAGAGGAAGAGAAAGGAGAGGAGAUAAAGGAAGAGAAAGAGAGAGAACAGAGAACAGAAACAAUCAAAACAAGAAAGGAGAAAAUGAACAAAAACAAAAAACUGAACCAAGAGAAACAUAGUGAGGAAGAAGAAGAAGAAGAAGAGGAAGAGGCAGUGGAGGGGAGAGGAAUGAAAGCACUGGGAGAGGAGCGUGCCUUGUUGUGCCGUGUCCUGGAGGGGGUACCAGAGUGCCAGGACAGAGAGUACCUGCAACAGUGUCUAAGACAGAAUGUAGUGCCGGAGUUUGGGGUGCUGCGGCGGCUGUGUGCUGGUGCCAGCCGGACGCCAGCGGUGGGCACAGUGCUGGCCAUACGAGGCUUGGCACACCACCUCCACCCACACCUGUACCUCUCUCACCUGAGCCUCGACUACUACUGGGCCAGUGCCUUGUGCCACGCAGGGGAUGUGGAGCAGAGCCUGGCCAUCCUGCUCCACCUGCACCGCCACACACACCCGCACCGCCACGCACACCCACACCGCAGCAAGAAGGUGUGCGACAUCACCCAGCUAGUCUUGUACCGCAUUGUGGAGGAGGAGGAGGAGGAGCAGGUGGCUAAGGCAGUUGAUUUUGUGGAUUCCAUAGUGACAGAGUUGGGGUCCCUGGUGCCGGCACUGUCCCUCUGGAGUGCCACAUUCACCAGUCCUCUCUUCAGGGUGCAGCAGGUAUCUGAGUGGCUGGUGGAGCGACACCCAGGCCUGGUGAAGCUUCUGGGGCGCCGCGUGGAGGGCCUGGUGGAGAGGGCGGCCUGGGGGGGUGAUCAGAGUCUCCUGCAGCGCAUUCUCCACCUCUCCCUGCUCCACAACCUGUCUCUCCACUACCCCUCUGCCACCAGCGCCCUCCUCCAGCUGCAGUGUGACGAGGGGGACCUGAGAGGGGCAGAGGAAACCAUUAAAUUCGCACAGAAAAUGGAGGUGCGGCUGACCCCUGUGGCACUCCAUCGCUUCCUGGCACUCCUCAGCCGCCACCGCCGCCCUGCUCCCCUCGCUCUCCUGGCCCUCAAGUACCGGCCGCCCCCGCCAGGCCACCAAUUCCCCCGCCACCCAUGCCUAAGUACAGGUUUUAGGUCAGGUUAUGUGGUGGUGGUGGUGGUGGUGGUGGUGGUGAAUGCUGUAUGCUAUGAGUGAAAUGUCUUGUGUUUACUGUGUGUGUGUGUGUGUGUGUGUGUGUGUGUGUGUGUGUGUGUGUGUGUGUGUGUGUGUGUGUGUGUGU